AUGAUUGCUACAAGUCCUAUUAAAUUUGCUGCUGCCCUUCACUAAGUUUUUGAGAGCACAGUAAAUAAUGUCAAAUAUUACUUUGGAGGCUAAUAGUAAAUUGAAAAGUAGGAAUAAUAAGUUACCACCCUCUUAGAUGUGAGAGCAGAAGAUGGAUAUACAUUGCAAACUGAUCAAUAAAAUCAAGAGCAAAAGACUGAGAUAUUUGCAGGAGUUUUUGAAAGAAAAAGAAACAAGCUAGAUGAUAUCUCAGACUCAGUUAAUGAGACUCUUGACUACUACUUAGUUUCAUCAACAAAAGCAAUCGUGGGAGGUGUAUAUAAUGGAAUAUCUUGGGGUGUAUCAAAGAUAUUUGGUGGCAGACAAACUGAUUCUCAUAGAGUCUCUCUUAGUGAUGGGUACUUUCUUUUGAUUUUUAAAGAUUUUAGAUGGGAGGAUGAGAGAUAUCAAACAGUAUGA